AGCAGAGCACAGGCGCUGGACGUUUUCAUAUGCUACCUAGGCGGCUUGCUCCACCACUUUCCGCUCCUGUCGACGGCUCCCCAUUGUUGCAUUAACUGAGCUUCGCGCUCCAACUUAGGUAAUUUCCCCAAGCAUCACCACGACUAUGGCAGCGGGCCAAGCCAGUUCCAGGUUUUGGCAGAUUCUCUACUGCACCCGACGCGAAAGCCUUCCCUAGCCGGAACACGGCAUCUUGCCGGGGAAUCACCUGCACAGCCAUUGACUCGAAUCAUCCCUGAGCUGCGCCGACGCUUGAUCUUCCGUUGGCGAGCACCAGACGCCGCCCGACACCGCUGAGGGAUGCAGACGACAAAGGUGAAAGCCGAGGCGCUUGGAAGGAAGGCCAAGCUUGCUCAAUCAUAUCAAGAGCUUCUCGACGAGUUCUCGAACAAGGACCUCAAAUCCGUAGGCAAUUAUACACUAGGUCGGCUGAUUGGGAAGGGAUCAUUUGGCAAAGUCUAUCUCGCUACGCACAAGCUCACAAAUGGAUCCAAGGUUGUUCUAAAGUCGGCCAACAAGGACGACUCGAACCUGGCCCGAGAGAUACAUCACCAUCGCCAGUUCGUCCACCCCCACAUCGCCCGCUUGUACGAGGUCAUUGUGACCGAGAACCUUGUUUGGCUGGUAUUGGAAUACUGUCCCGGCGACGAGCUGUACAACUACCUCCUGAAACAUGGCAAACUCCCCGUCGAUAAAGUCCAGCGAAUCUUCGCACAGCUGGUCGGCGCUGUAUGCUACGUCCAUAAACAAUCCUGCGUACAUCGCGAUUUGAAGCUCGAAAACAUCCUUCUUGACAAGCACGAGAAUGUUAAGCUCUGCGACUUUGGUUUCACGCGGGAGUACGAGGGCAAGGCCAACUAUCUGCAAACGUUCUGUGGAACAAUAUGCUACUCGGCGCCCGAGAUGCUCAAGGGGGAGAAAUACGCGGGCGAAAAGGUGGAUGUCUGGAGUCUUGGCGUCAUCCUCUACGCGUUGCUUUGCGGCGAGUUACCGUUUGACGAUGAUGAUGACAACGUCACAAGAACUAGGAUCUUGACACAGGAGCCCAACUACCCGGAUCACAUACCUGCAGAUGCCCUGUCACUCCUAAAGUCCCUCCUCUCCAAACGUCCUUUGCUUCGGCCGACACUACCCGAUAUCCUGGCUCAUCCGUUCCUUGCUGAAUACGCGCAACAACAGCAAGAGAUUCUCGAAACUGAGCGCCCCGAUCCCUUUUCAACCCCGCUGGAGAAGGAGACGUUGCAUCGAAUGCGUAGUGCCGGGGUAGAUACUGACGCUGUCGUUGAGAACGUGCUCGCCCAAAGAUGCGACGCUCUGGCCGGCUGGUGGACUCUUUUGAUCGAAAAGGAGGAGCGGAAGGCCAAGAGAAGAGAGAGAAAGCGCAAGGAGAGAGAGGCGGAAAACCGCAACUCGCGGCGAUUCUCACAGGCCUCUAGCCGGCUGAACGCACUGGCGACCGUGGAGGAAGCGCAUUUUGUCAAAUUAUCUGACCCUCCGCCGCCUAGGACGCGGGGAAGGACAGAGAGGAGAAGCGGCUAUUAUCCUAGCUUGGCGAUUCCGGAUAUGCCUGACCUCACAGACCUGGCCAAGAUUGCGAAUGGGAACAUGAGUCCAGAUGGCGAAGUGCCACCGCCCCCUGUUGACAAGGAUUCAAUAAGAUCUGUCAGCUCUUCCAGACACCGCAGGCCAAUACCGCCGCCAAAGGAGGGAAUUCUGCGGAGCGCGCGCUCUCGGGGAUCGACGCUGCAUCUGGUAACGACAAGUGAUGCGUUGGAGGCGAACGGCACCUCAGAAGCCAGCGAUCUAAAGAAAAUGAAGAAGCGACCGUCACACGCAAUCUUCGCCACUUGGAGGAACUGGACGCAUUGGCUGGUUGAGAAUACAAAACGGCACAUCAACUCGAACAGGCGAGGCAGCCAGUCAACACCUAACCUGCUGCCCAAGCCGGCGAGCGGAAAGGAUGUUAAGACAAAGGACAGCCCGCGGCCGCAGACGAGCAAGUAUCCCGCGAGCAGCUCCGGGCCGGCCGUAAACACCGCAAGUCUUCCCAAAGGCGUCGUAGCUAAUGGCUACACGGCUAAAGGCGCCUCAACAGCUGCCAGCCGCCCCUCGCAACCCAUCUCUCCUCCUCUUACCACUCCACCCAUACCUGGCCACGUUCCUCGUAUGCACAGCUCAAGUUCCUACAAACGCCAUUCACUAUCUCCGUCACCUCUGACUCCGCGUUCGACGGUCCGUCGAUCGUCAGGGCAGACGGGGCUGAGGGGUCGCAAGUCAACCUCGUCAUCUGUGUCCUCGGUCCGUUCCAUGCACCCGACCCACCACCACAGCCACAGCAAGGCCAGCUCGACAUCCUCGAAUGGAUCGGUAUCGACGUCUGUCUCCAAGACGCCGAUGCACACCAGCCGCUCACCGCAUCAUUCAGUCAAGGUGCUGCCUGCCACGCCAACCACGGGUGGGUUCCCGAGUAAUAUACGCCUAGUCCGCGACCGCAGUGGGCCACCGUUGAAUGUCUUCAAUGAGGGUGUGCCGAACCCCACCGCGGCAGCGUUGAUGCAGCCUCCAGGGAGCCCUAACCCUUUUUCCGGCGGAGGGGUGAUGUUUGCCAAGAGGAAGAGGAAUCUCUUUAAAGGGCCUAUGCUCGGUCUGGGUGUGACUAGUGUGAGUGUCAGGGAAACGAGGAGCGCCUCGGGCUCUGCGUCAGCCAGUCAUUCUCAUUCGAGGAGUGCCAGUGCGAGUGGGUUAGGGAGGAGGAGUGGGGAGAUGGCGAUCCAAGAGGUUGAUGAGGAUGCGGAGGAAGAUGAUCAGGAGGGCGAGGCUUAUGGCCCUGGUGCCGGGAGGGAAAUCGAUGUGGAGGAGGAGGAGGAGGUGGAAGAGGUGGAGUCGUUCAGUCCAAUCAUCAUGGGCCCUGGUGAGGUGGUGGAAGAAAAGAUUUUUGAGGAGGGGGAGGAACCUGAAGAGAAUGAGGGUGGUGAAAGCCGAGCCCAGCCGACUCAGCCGGCCGAGGCAGGCUUGCAGCCUGCGGCGACGAUCAAUCCGGCUGGGUUGGGCUGCUAAGCGCAGCGGUUGGUUAUUGAGACGGUAUUGAGGUAGUCUGAUGUCGGCAGGCAUGCGUCAGAGUGUGGACGAGGCUUUGGUUGCUCGUGGUAGCGGGGGUGUUGUACGUUGACCAUUGUACAUCAACAUCGCUUGAAGCGACUGUCAAGGGGUUCGUGAGGGUGUUUGCGACUACCUAGGGUAUACAUGUAUUAUUGAAUAGGGAUACCACUGACUGAAUUGAUAUUGAAGGAGGUUGAACCGGAGUUGCAUUUAUAGGUAUUUGUCUGGAUCUUGUUUGAUGUGUACGGGCGUUUUCAGACUACGGCGGUGAAGCAUCUAAGAUAUCUCGAUGGCCUCUGCUUUCCCAUACUCUG